UACUGACCAAUGCUUUUAAUGUAAAAUAGUUUUAUAUUAUUUUUUAAAAUGUCGGUCUUAAUGAUUGGACCUUCAAAUUCUGGAAAAUCAACUUUGUUAAAAGUCCUGUCUUCGCAUCAAGAUACCAAUGCAUCGGUAAAAAAAACAACUGCAGAAAAACAAUUCAAUGAACUCCCACCCACUAUACCUACUGUUGGGACCAAUAUACUUGGAAUAAAUGUUGGUAAAAAAUGUGUCGUUGAGCUACGAGAGCUUGGUGGCUCUAUGGCACCAAUUUGGGAAAGUUAUUAUUCACAAUCCGAUGGGUUUAUAUUCGUUGUGGAUGCAUCAAAUACUCAACAGAUUUCAUCCGGUUAUGCAUUUCUGAAGGACAUAACAUCAGACACACAAAAUACAAACACUCCCAUUCUAGUGUUGUUUAAUAAAAUUGAUAUUCCUACAAUGACGAAUGUCAAUGAAUACCGAGAACUUAUGCAACUUGAACACUUCAUGAAAACUGUGUCAUCACUUAGUUAUUUAGAUACUAGUUGCAAAGAUAAAUCUGGUAUUGAGGAUGUUUGUAAAUGGUUAAGAUGUUUAAAAGAUGUCAAACGUUAAAAUAUUUAUGUUUUAUUUGUAUUUUCAUCAAUCUUUGUUUUUUUACAUAAUAUAUAUCAUAUCUGCCUAUCUGUAUCUGGUACAUUCUUUUUUAUUGGAUCAAAUUUCUUUGUAUAGAUGUGCAAUGAUUUAGUAAAAAACCAUUGUGUGUAGGUUUGAUAUGUGUAUGUCUUAUUAUUUUAUUCAUGCAAUUGAUAUUUUUCUAG